AUGCCGGAACAACCGACAGAUUAUCGUGUAGCUGUAUUUGGUUCCGGUGGAGUUGGUAAAACAUCCCUUGUACUUCGUUUUGUACGUGGAACAUUUCGUGAAACAUACAUUCCGACAAUAGAGGAUACUUACAGACAGGUCAUCAGUUGUAAUCGACAAGUGUGUACAUUACAGAUCACCGAUACAACCGGCAGUCAUCAAUUCCCUGCUAUGCAACGGUUAAGCAUCACUAAAGCUCAUGCAUUCAUCCUUGUCUAUUCAAUAACCAAUAAAGCAUCGUUCGAUGAAUUACAACCAUUGUACACUGAACUAGCACUAAUCAAAAUGGAUGAAUUACCCAAAGUACCGAUUAUGCUAGUUGGCAAUAAAGUUGACGAGAAUGAUAAUCGUGAGGUGAGCACUGCACACGGUAGAGCAUUAGCUCAAAAAUGGAAAUGUGGAUUUAUGGAAACCUCAGCGAAAUCAAAUUUCAACGUGAAAGAAGUAUUUCAAGAACUAUUGAAAAUGGAAACUCGACGUAAUAUGACACUAGUUGGUGAAAAUAAAUCACGAUCACGAUUUUCCUUUUUAUUUAAACGUCGUGUCAAUGAAAAUCAAACAAAUGAAACAAUUGGUGUACUUAGUGGGAAUAAUUUUAACCCCAGUGCUAGUGGUUCCACUUCAAUUAUUGAUGCACUCGAUAUGCCAACACAGUUAAGUACUACUACAAGUACCCAGCGGAAUACACAAUCAGAAGAGGCUACUACAUCGGCUACUACUACACCGAGUAUCAAAAAGACUUCCUCCUCAAAGUUAAAAAGAUUUUUAAGCAUUAAAGCCACUUCAGAAGCUAAUACAAACCUGA